AUGGCUGUAACAGGAUCGCUCACGACCAUAAAAGGAACAGAUGCCCUCUCAAGGCAAAUGCCAAAAUCAGGCUUUACCAAGACGGGCAUCUGUUCAAAUCUCCUUUCGGCUUCUCAAAGUUCCGCAUAUGCCUUGAACCACAUAAACUACUUGAGAGCCGGGAGAUUCAAGCUGGUCUAUUUGGUUGUUGUGUGGAGAUUGCUACUUGAAGGGCUCUUUAGAUUUUGGCAAGAGCGAGGAAGCGAUGGCGACACAGGCCCGGGCGGAUUGUCCAGAGAUUGUGCUGUGGAUCCUUUGGAUCAGAGAGGGAGCAUCGUCGUCACUUGGGAUAUCUUGAACUGGUAUCAGGGCGAUGGCUAUGUGGCUUCUGUAAAGAUCGAAAACCAGCAGCUCUACAGGCACAUCGAAGCUCGUCCGGGAUGGAGCUUCGGCUGGGAAUGGAGCAAGGAGGAGGUGAUAUGGGAAGUCCAAGGCGCUCAAGCCAUAGAUCAAGGCGACUGUGCUCGAGUCGAGGAAGAGAACUCUCCUCACUCCUGCCAUCCGAGACCGGUGAUGAUAGAUCUCCAGCCAGAAGCUCCUGGCACUCUCCAGACCGCGAAUUGCUGCAGGGGUGGAGUGUUAUCGUCUGCUGUGCAGGAUCCCUCGACAUCCAUUGCUUCGUUUGUGAUGAAAGUUGGCCUUGCGAGAAGACCACCUGAUGUUCCUCUAUCGUUUUCCAUCCCAGGAUACUCGUGUUCUACGCCAACGAAUGUUACUUCCAGCUUGAUACCGGAUGGACAACAUGGACGCCGAGCAUACAUGACAUGGCAGUCUUCUUGCACCUACAAGCUACGUCGAACACCAUCUUGUUGCGUUUCGUUUUCAUCCUUUUACAAUCCCGACGUCGUUCCCUGCAAGGACUGUGCAUGCGACUGCACGCAAAAACCGAAGGCAGGAGAACGUUUGUGCAACAUCAGCUCAACUGACGAUGGAUUCCAAACUCCUGGCAUAGCGACGGCUUUGAAUCUCCACAAGCAGGCCCCGUUCCAAUGCUCCAAAGAUAUGUGCCCGAUCAAGAUCCACUGGCACGUCAAGAACAACUACAAAGGCUACUGGCGCUCCAAAGUAAGCAUUCUCAACCGGCACCUCCAGAACUACACGCACUGGAACCUCGUCGUCCAGCACCCCAACUUCAAACAGCUCAAGGAGGUGUUUAGCUUCAACAGCACUCGGUUGCCAAUCCACGGUGAUGACACCAAUAUGUUCUGGGGAAUUCGCAGCUACAACGACAUGCUACUAGAAGCUGGAGAGAAUGGAGUGGUCCAGUCCGAGAUGCUAUUCCAAAAGGAUCCCUCGUUGUUCUCACUCUCCAAAGGCUGGGCUUUUCCACACAAGGUGCUAUUCAAUGGCGAGGAGUGUGUUCUUCCAGCUCCAGAUUCAUACCCGGGACUUCCAAACGCCGCACGACAAUCGCUCCUCCACUCUCCAUUCCUGUUACUGUUGCUUCUACUCGUAAAUCUCCUCGUGUGAGAUGAGAUGAGGAUUUUUUUUCUUUCUUAUCAACAGUGGUGGGAGGAAGAGAUUUAUUUAAGCCGAGAUUUUGGCAA